CAGCUGAGAGAGCCCGAGCAGGAAACAGGAGACCGCGAGCGGCCGGGCGUGCGCUCUGCAGAAGCCGGUUCUAAAAACAGCCCUCUCCUAAUAAAGCGAUGGAGCGGCCGGCCUCCCUGUAAACACUCGCGGAUCACAGACCGUCAGCCCCGGCGGGCAGCCCUGAGAUCCGGCCGCAGCUGACCCCAGCAGGCAGCCACUCAGAGCCGCCCCUGCCCCUGCUCUCCCAGGUUCCAAAAGGGAGAGGUUGGCAGAGAGAAAGAGAGAGAAAUCCUUCCUGCGGAUCCCACAAGAUGCCUCGGGUAGAUGCAGACCUCAAACUGGACUUUAAAGAUGUCUUGCUCAGACCUAAGCGAAGCAGCCUCAAAAGCCGAGCCGAGGUAGAUCUUAAAUGCAGCUUCACAUUUCGCAACUCCAAGCAGACCUACUCUGGGAUCCCUAUCAUUGUGUCCAACAUGGAUACAGUUGGUACAUUUGAGAUGGCAGCGGUGAUGACUCAGCAUGCCAUGUUCACAGCAAUUCAUAAGCAUUACACCCUGGAGGACUGGAAGCUGUUUGCCACCAAUCACCCAGAAUGCCUGGAGCAUGUAGCCGUGAGCUCAGGCAGUGGACAGAGUGACCUGGACAGGAUGAGCAGUAUCCUGGAGGCUGUGCCACAGAUUAAAUAUAUUUGUCUGGAUGUGGCCAACGGAUAUUCCGAGCACUUUGUGGAAUUUGUGAAACUUGUCCGAGCCAAAUUCCCAGAACACACCAUAAUGGCAGGUAACGUGGUGACUGGAGAGAUGGUAGAGGAGCUUAUUCUUUCUGGAGCAGACAUCAUCAAAGUGGGAAUUGGACCAGGCUCUGUAUGUACCACUCGCACCAAGACUGGUGUGGGCUACCCUCAGCUGAGUGCUGUUAUUGAAUGUGCUGACUCUGCCCAUGGCCUCAAGGGACACAUUAUCUCUGACGGAGGCUGCACUUGUCCAGGAGAUGUCGCCAAAUCAUUUGGAGCCGGUGCUGACUUCGUCAUGCUGGGAGGGAUGUUCUCAGGUCACACGGAAUGUGCGGGUGAAGUAAUUGAGAGGAAUGGUCAAAAAGUAAAGCUCUUCUAUGGGAUGAGUUCUGAAACGGCAAUGAAGAAACACUCAGGACGAGUUGCUGAAUACAGGGCCUCAGAGGGCAAGACUGUGGAAGUGCCUUUCAAAGGAAAUGUGGAAAACACUAUCCUGGAUAUCCUGGGGGGUCUGAGGUCCACUUGCACCUAUGUUGGUGCCGCCAAGCUCAAAGAGCUCAGUCGGAGGACGACAUUCAUCCGGGUUACCCAGCAGCACAACUCGGUCUUUAGCUAACCUGGGGGACCUAAACCCCAUUCAACUAGAGUGGAAGCUUUGACAUGCAUCUGCUUUGCCCACAGUCUCCCUUCUUGUCUUGUGUAAGAGCUUCCUGGCUUCUCAUGAUGGAAGAUGCCUCCUCUGAGCAGCAGGAGGGCCUUGGGAGUCCAUAACCAGCAUCUCCUGCAGGCAUGUAGCUGGGGAUGGACUUAGUAGCCAAGCCCAGUGCUACAGUAUAGAGUGUUUGCUGCCCUCAACAAACAUUCUCAUUGUUGAAAUCCAUGUGAGACCCUUCCAUUUUUUUUUAAAGAAAAUAGUUUUCACUUUAACAUAAUGCUGUGUCUUCACAAUUGAUGGCUGGAGUCUCCAUUUGCCGGAAUCAAGCCCUGUGGUCACUGUUUGGGGAUUUUUCUGCCUGUCCUCCAGAUGUGGUAAAAGUCAAACUAGCAUUUGCUGGUAUUAGCAGACAGACAGUGCUACUGCCCAGUGGUGGUUGGGCAGGCUCCCCAGGGAGAAGAAGAUCCCAGCAAAGCCAGCUAGGUAGGGUAGUGACCUUGAUCCCCAAGAAAGCACCAAGAUUGUAAGUAUGAGAACAUGAAGCAUAGACUAAGUGAGCUCUGGGCUACUUAUGGGUUUGGUCCCUUAUCUGUGAUCUGUGGUGGCCAGAGGGUCAUUACAUGUGCCUUCUAGGGAUGUCAUAGCUACAUAUUCAUUGAGCCUAUUCUCCUUGUGGAAGGCAGGGGUGGUGUUGGCUUUCCCUCUUUGGACUUCUCUCCUUUCUUCCCCCCUCCCUUUUACCUUCAAAAAACACCUGUUUGGUUGUGUGCUCACAUUAAAUGUACUACAGCCUCUUUUUGUAAAGAUCCUAGUGAAACAUUUGUAAUGAAGAGGCCCAUCAUUGCUAGGGAGGGCAGCUCCCGUUAAUACAGCUCUUUACCAGAAUGUAGGAGUAAGACUCUAAGUUAAGAGACUUCACUUGGACGUGGUAAUGACUGUUUCUCAUGGUGGAUAACAUGUGACUGUAAUGAUGGCUGAUUGACAGAUCACAAUGAUAUGUGGUCCCUAGAGGAAUCUCACAGGAAGUCAUGGUGACAUAGUAACAGAAGGCACACUGGAUGAAUCGAUGCCUGGCUCCUUGUUUCAAAGAGUUACUUGGAUAUCAAUACACUGGGAAGUUUAAGCAACUUAAAACAGCCUUUGUUUUUACUAGACACAAGACAAUAUAGAGAAAUUGAGUCUCUUUAGAGAUGACUGAGGCUUUUGGGAAAAGAGAAUAUGGACAAACUGGGAAGCUUGUGUUUGAUUGCCCAUUGUGAUGUAGGUCAAAGGAAGAGGGCUACCUCUGGUGCUUGACCAUGCAGACUAUCAGGUUCAACCUUACCCUCCACUUAAAGCUAUUUGAAACAUGAGGCAUAGGCUGGAAAAAUGAGAAAUCUUUCCAUGUCUCAGUGACACAUAUCUUGCCAAUACCUUCAAGUCUAGUGGAGGCAGUUUUACCCCUUGCCUCUCCCCAAAAUACAUGAACAUAGCUCUUCAUGCUAUAUAAAGAUAAAUGUGUGAGUUACUGUUGGGAAACAAUGCAACAUCUGGAUAACGUGGGUGGUGUAUGGGGAUUCAGAACUGGAAAAUAACCUUGGAGAUGGUCUAGUCCAACCCUAUCAUUUUACAGGAGAAAACUAAGGCCCAGAGAGACUAUGACUUGCUCAUAAUCACCCAGAUAAUUAAUGGCAGAACUAGGACAAAGGCAAGGUGGGGGCCUAUCUUGGAAAUAUCAGAACAUCACACUUUUAAUUCUUUUCGGGGGGGAAGGGCGUAUGCCUUCAACUUCAUGAGUAAUGGGUUUCCUUUGCCCUAUUGUCUUUAUAGUCACUAUUUAUUUUUCUUAACCACUAGUUGAAGGGAGAUUUGGGGGGAGUGCUGCUGAUGGGUUUGGGAGAGGCAGAA